AUGGACGACGAUAAGGAUCAAGCCGCAAACGAUGUGGAACCUUCGAACCAAGCUGUUGUUGAAGUGCAGCAUGAUGAUGGUGAAAAUGCUGAUGGUGAGAACCAAGAUGUUGUUGAAGUGCAGCAUGAUGAUGGUGGAAACCAAGCUGUUGUUGAAGUACAGCAUGAUGAUGGUGAAAAUGCUGAUGAGGACUUACAUGGACCUGACUUCGCUGCUCUUUUUAACGAGCUAGAGAUUCCACAAUUGUUUCUUGAAAAUCCACUGCUGCUUGAAGAUCCACUGUUGUUGCUUGAGGAUCCACUGUUGUUGCUUGAAGAUCCACUCUUGCUUGAAAAUGCUGAUGGUGAGAACCAAGCUGUUGUUGAGGUGCAGCAUGUUGAUGGUGAGAACCAAGCUGUUGUUGAAGUGCAGCAUGAUGAUGGUGAGAACCAAGAUGCGAGUGAUGAUGGGAGUGAUGAAGAUUACGAGCCAACAGAUACAGAUUCGAGUGAUGAAGACUAUGAUGGUGCAGAUGAUGCGCAAGCUGAACCUCUCCGCCGCUCUACUCGGAUUCCUGUUCCAAGCAAGAGGUUGCUCGAAAGCUUCGAGUCCAAAUGA